AUUAUUAUUAUUAUUAUUGGUAAUGCCUGUUUCAGUGUUUCCCUCAUAAACCAGGCUCCUGCUCAGGGUGCGCUCCUCUCCCUCCAUCACCACAGGGUGCAGUUCCCGUCUCCGCCGCUAGAGGCGCUCCUUCAUCCGGCUCGACGCAGACUUCCCCGGAGCAGCGCACGUCUUUCUCCACAGCACCUGUUAAUAUACAUUUCCUCUGAUAAUGGACGCGGGAUUCUUCCGCGGUACAAGUGCGGAGCAGGACAACCGUUUCAGCAACAAGCAGAAGAAACUGCUGAAGCAGCUGAAGUUUGCAGAAUGUCUGGACAAGAAGGUGGACAUGACCAAAGUGAACCUAGAAGUCAUCAAGCCUUGGAUUACACAGCGAGUGACAGAGAUCCUGGGUUUCGAGGACGACGUCGUCAUAGAGUUUAUAUUUAACCAACUUGAGGAGAAGCACCCGGAUAGCAAGAUGAUGCAGAUCAACCUGACAGGCUUCCUGAAUGGGAAGAAUGCCCGGGAGUUCAUGAGGGACCUAUGGCCCCUGCUGCUGAGUGCCCAGGAGAACAUCGCAGGCAUCCCAUCUGCUUUUCUGGAACAGAAGAAGGAGGAAAUAAAACAGAGACAGAUUGAACAGGAGAAGCUAGCUUCUCUGAAGAAGGUCGAUGAUGAUAAAAGAGAAAAGGACAAGGAAAUCAGAGAGAGGGCUCAGUCAAAAAGCCCAAGGAGGCGAAAGACAAGGUCACCAUCACCCCGGCGAAGGUCACCAGUGAAGCGGGAAAGGAAACGUAGCGCCUCCCGCUCCCCAAGACGCAAAGCCAGUCCAGUUGGCAACGGUUCACCCCCUCCCCCUCUGAUGCAGCUGCCCACGAAACCUUUGGAGCAACUUGUUGAGUCAGAAACAUUAGAUGGAGCCCUGCCAGAACCAGUCAUCCAAGAAACUCCUUCCACCUGUGACACAGUUGUGGAGGUGGUAAAUCCAGAACCAGUGACUGAAGUCAAAGAAGCUUCACCAGAGAAGACUCAUAAGAAAGAGGAAAGGCCCAGGUCUCGGGAAAGGGAGAAGGACAGCAGGAGGGAAAGACCUCACCACCGUUCUCGUUCUCAUUCCCGUACUCGCAGACGACGCUCCCGUUCUCGAUCUUACUCCCCUCGUAGAAGACAGAGUCCCAGGAGGAGGAUGUCUCCUCGUAGAAGGAGCCCCCCCAGACGUGGCCCCCCCAACUCCAGAAACAGACAUAGACGCUCCCCUGUCCGCAGGAGGCGCUCUCGCUCUGCUUCAUCCUCCGGCAGCAGCUCCUCCAACUCUCGCUCGCCUAAAAAAGCUAUGAAAAGAAUAUCUAACACGCCACCCCGAAAACCGGUCCAUCAUCCUGACAACACCAUUAGCCCUGCAGGAAAAGACAGGCGCUCCCCAUCUCCACGGGCCAGGAGGGGCAGAGGCUCUCCAUCACCAGCCAGAUCAUCUGGUUUAAAGCGAAAACCAGGAGGAAGAGGCGAUUCUCCGUCUGAUAAUGCCAAGGCCAGACCUUCCGAAGGGUCCGAUUCAGAGGAGGAUAAAAAUGAGAAAGAGGCAACAGCAGAUUCGGUGCAGCAGCGGCGUCAGUAUCGCAGGCAGAAUCGACAGUCUUCUUCAGAUACAGGGUCUUCCUCAACCGAAGACGAGGGACCUAAGAGGCCAGCAGCAGGGCCAGGUGCCAGAAAUGGGGAUGUCAGGAGGAGACGCAGCCGUACACCCUCCCCCAGGAGGCGACACAGAGAUGCCUCUCCAAGGAAAAGACGUUCUCCAUCUCCUGGACGCAGGCGCCGCACACCGUCUCCCCCACGACGCCGCAGAUCUCCCUCUCCUCUUAGAAGAAGGUCUCCUUCCCCACCUCCCCGUCGUCGUUCUCCAUCCCCCAGACGAUAUUCUCCCCCUAUCCAGCGUCGCUACAGCCCCUCACCUUUGCCUCCACAGAAGAGGAAGCUGUCUAGCUCUCCCUCAAAACGCUCCUCGCCAGGGGCCAAACGACGCGUCUCCAGGUCGCCCAAGCGCAGAAGUUCUCCUGCUCCGAGGAGACGCACGCCUCCAUCCUCAUCUCCAUCCAGACACAGGAGGAGCCCCAUGUUGCCUAAUGUCAGGCCAAGCAGGGAUACGCGGUCCCCUGUUGCCAGCCGCCUCUCCCCGUCCCCUGCAAACCGCGGUCGCCCCAUAAGAGGUUCCACCAGUCCGCAGAGGCGUUUUGAAACCUCCAGUUCAUCUCCAGCUAACCAGCGGAGGCAGCAGUCCCCCUCACACAGUGGCAAACCCAUCCGCAGGGUGUCCCGCACCCCGGAGCCACGCAACAACCAGCGACCUUCUCCCGGUCCCCAGCCUCUGAGGAGAGCAUCCUCCAGGUCCAGAUCAGUUUCCCCCCAGCCAGCAGCUCAGAAACGUCCGGUCCCUGCAUCUGCCUCCCCUUCGCCAUCCCGCUCAGCCAGUGGGUCUCCACCACCAGCCAAAAAAGCCAGCAGUGGUUCCGGCAGUCAAUCCCCGAACAAGAAUUCAGAUGUUGACGGCAGUGGAAAGAAAAAGAAGAAGAAGAAGGAAAAGAAGCAUAAGAAGGAGAAGAAGCACAAGAAACACAAGAAGCACAAGAAGGAGAAGAGUGGCGGCCCGGUGACUGGAGAUGGACAUGAAAACCACGGUGGGGAGGAGGAUGGAGAGUCAAGAAAGGAAUCAGACAGUGAAGUAGAUGACAGCUUGGAUGACCUGGAGAAACACCUAAGAGAAAAGGCCCUGCGCUCCAUGAGGAAGGCCCAGUUGUCUCCAUCACAGAUGUCUUGAAACGAAGAGGCUUUCUCACUUUUGAAUUUUCCACUCACUCUUGAUGUUUGUCAUCAACCUGGUUCAGCUUUAGAAUGUACAAAAUUGUUAAAUCUUGAGUCUUUUUUUGUUUGUUUUUCUUUUUACUGGUUUGGUACAUUCUGAAGUGUGUUUCAUUAAGAGCUUGAUUUAUCAGUUAUUGUAUUAUCUUAACUGUAAAGAAGCUUGUGUUGUCCAUAAUUUUAAAUUGUUGAGCAGGGAAACGGUUUAAGCUCAGAGGUUUGAGUUGGGCAGGUUUAAGACAUUUUCCACAGCCUACAAUAGAUUCCAUUGAGAAAUGAUUGCAUGUGCAGUGAUUGUCUCUGAAGUGCAUGAACCACUGCCCUUAUGGAGUGUAGAGAAAAAGCAACAUACAGUAACAUACUGUUACUAAUGUCUUUAUUAGUGGAAACAGUUGCACAGCUGUGUGAAUUGUAAGAGGCCGUAACAGAAUGUCUAGUCCCAUAUUGUAACUUUAAACAGGUGUUAAGCAUUGUUUAACCUGCUGUUUUUCCAGACUUUGAAAUUAUCCUGUUUUAAGACUAAACCAAUCUGAAGUGAGACCGAGUAUGCUUUAAUUUUCCAGAUCGAUUGAUAUGCAAUUUUAUGUUGACACCCUUGCACCAAGCUAUUCUCUGUGGGACUGCUAUAUGAUUUGUAUUUAGUACCCCUGGCUCUUGUCAUCUUGUCAUCCUUUCAGAAUUAAAACCUUUUUAUAGGAUGUGUGCUUUCCUUAA